AUGACCCCCUUCUCCCCUUUCGCCCUCCUCUCCUUCCCUCUCCUCUCUGCGCUCCACCAGCUAUCAGAGGUGGCCAUGCCGCACUACCUAGCAGCGGCCGUAUUCGCCGCGUCAAACGGGCUCACAGACGAGUUCAACAGCAACGUGCGCCUCCUCAUCGCCAUGACUCUCGCCUGCGGCCUCUUCAGUGGUCUAAGGGCCGCCCUUUUCACCAUCUUCAACGUCCAAAUGAUGCGGCGAAUGCGGCUGGCGCUAUACGAGACGCUGAUCCGGCAGGACAUUGCCUUCUUUGACGGCCAGUCGGUGGGCGACCUCACGUCCCACCUCGGCUCCGACUGCCAGGCAGCGGGGUACACCAUGGGCAGCGACCUCAACAUCGUGCUGCGCCACUCGCUGCUGGGCAUAGGAACGUUUGUCUUCCUUCUUCGUCAGAGCUGGCAGAUGGCCCUUAUGACCGCUGCCCUCUGUGGCAUCAUGUGGUAUCUGCUCGUCAUCUACGGCGACUUCUCCCGGCUGAGCUCCAUGGUCCUACAGGACAAUGAGGCCGCAGCCAAUGAGGUAGCGGAGGAGACUAUGUCUCUUGUUCGAGUGGUGCGGACGUUUGGCACAGAAAGCGAGGAGGUGAAGAGGUAUGACGAGCCUCUCAAGAGGCUGGUAGAGGUGGGGAUGCGGCGGAGUGUGGCGAAUGGGUUGUGGACAUGCGCUGACACCAUUGUCUAUAACACCUCCAUGGUGGCAGUGGUGACAAUGGCGGGCGGGGCACUAAUGACAGGGCGCAUAACAGCGGAGCAGGUGACACAGUUUGUGAUGUAUGCGGACUGGAUGGCCUACAACAUGUGGUGCGCGGGCGACCACUGGGCCACCCUCAUGGACUCCAUCGGCGCCUGCCACCGCGUGUUCCAGCUGCUCGACCUGCCGCACCCAGAGCAGCUCAAUAAGGGGCACGGCCGUGUGCUGCCAUCCCUGAUGGGCAAGCUGGAGUUCCUCAAUCUCUCCUUCCGCUACCCCACCCGCCCUGAGGCUCUUGUGCUGGAGGGUAUCAACCUGACCAUCCGGGCGGGCGAGCUGGUGGCACUGGUGGGGCACAACGGCAGUGGCAAGAGCACCCUCCUCAGGCUGCUGCAGCGCCUCUACGAGCCCACGGAGGGGCAGGUGCUUAUAGACGACGUGCCUCUACCAGAGAUUGACAUCGCAUGGCUGAGAAGCCACAUUGGGGUCGUCAGCCAGGAGCCUCUUCUGUUCAGCAGAGAUGUGGCAUCCAACAUUGCAUACGGAAGCAACCAGAAAGUUUCCUGGGAAGACAUUAUCCGGGCAGCGACGCAGGCCAACGCGCACCAAUUUAUUUCCGAGCUGCCCGAGGGCUACGACACAGUGGUGGACAACGCCCGGCUGAGCGGCGGGCAGAAGCAAAGAAUAGCAAUUGCCCGGGCUUUGGUGCGCGACCCCACGCUGCUGUUCCUGGAUGAGGCCACGAGUGCCCUGGAUGCUGAGAGCGAGCACUACGUGCAGAUGGCAUUGAACCAAGUCAUUCAUGACAACUCCCAUGCAAGUGGGGGCAGAAGUCGAACCAGAGUCGUCAUUGCACAUCGGUUAUCCACCAUCCGUUCUGCUGAUAGAAUAGUGGUUGUGUCUCACGGGAAGAUCAUCGAGGUUGGCACACAUGAGCAGCUGAUGGAGCGAAAGGGGGCGUACAUGGAAUUGCACUCGCGCCGAAAUGAAGCCCUUGCGGCCCAAUGA